AUGGUGGAGUACUAUGAGGCCCUGGGCCUUCCCAAGACUGCUUCCUUAGAUGAUAUUAAAAAAGCGUACAGGAAGAAAGCUCUUAGGUGGCACCCAGAUAAAAACCCAGAAAACAAACAAUAUGCAGAACAGAGAUUCAAAGAAAUUUCAGAAGCAUAUGAAGUACUUUCAGACAAGAACAAACGUGAUGUCUAUGACGUGUAUGGUAAGGAUGGACUCAUAGGAAGAGGAGGAUCUGCUGGGAGCAAUAUUGGUUCUGAAUAUAUGUUCCAUUUCCGCAGUGCCCAUGAUGUCUUUCGGGAUUUUUUUGGGGGAAGGGACCCUUUUUUUGGUGUACCAGCUGACAGAAGACCCACUAGGGAAAUAGGAGGCCAUUUUAUUCGUAGUAAGCCCACCAGGUUCAGGUCUUUACCUCAGUUUACUUACGAUGAAUAUGACUCUAAUCCUAACCGCAAAGUACUUAAGGUGAGGCGCAUCUUCCCUAUUAAAAAUAUAAACAACACAGUAGGAGGAGAAUCUCCUGAAGAGGACAGUAAUUCUCACACAGACAGCGAGUCUCACCAAGACGAUGAGUCUGAGGACGAUGAAUCCCAUAUUGAUGAAUUCUAG